AUGCUCUUCGUCACUCGCCUGCUACUGCGAGCCAAACAGAGACAAAAUGGCUUCUAUUACACUUUCUUCUCUAAACCCGUAUACUUCUCUUCUGCCUCUGUAUCCCAGUUGCAGAAGAGUGAUGUUGUUGAAGCUCGAAUACACUCCGAAAAAGAAGACGAUGCAAUAGAAGCAGAAGAUCGUAGGCGCAAUGUAACCGAUAGAGCUUACUGGAGAAGACGGAUACACAGCUCCUGCACCGUACGGAGGAAUCCCGAUGAAGCUCUCCGGAUUCUCGACGGCCUCUGCCUCCGUGGGUAUCGUCCCGAUUCGCUUAACCUGAGCAGUGUGAUCCACUCUCUUUGCGACGCCGGGCGAUUUGACGAAGCUCACCGUCGGUUUCUCCUCUUCGUCGCUUCAGGUUUUAUCCCAGACGAGAGAACUUGCAACGUAAUCAUUGCGAGACUGCUAGAUUCGGGAUCGCCGGUGAGUACCUUGGGGGUUAUACACCGUUUGAUCGGUGUCAAGAAGGAGUUUGUGCCAUCGUUGACGAAUUACAACCGUAUGAUCAAUCAGCUUUGUUUGAUCUAUAGGGUAAUCGAUGCGCACAAGCUUGUGUUCGAUAUGAGGAACAGAGGGCAUCUCCCGAAUGUUGUGACUUACACCACUCUAAUCGGUGGUUACUGUGAGAUUCGAGAGCUUGAAGUUGCCCAUAAAGUGCUCGAUGAAAUGCGUGCGUUUGGCAUAAGGCCUAAUUCUCUUACACUGAGUGUUCUUAUUGGUGGGUUUUUGAAAAGGCGAGAUGUUGAUACAGGACGGAAGCUGAUGGAGGAACUCUGGGAACACAUGAAGGAUGAGACUGAUACAUCAUUGAAAACAGCAGCUUUUGCUAAUCUCGUUGAUUCCAUGUGCAAGGAAGGGUAUUUCAAUGACAUUUUCGAGAUUGCAGAGAACAUGCCACAAUGCGAGUCCGUGAACGUUGAAUUUGCUUAUGGGCAUAUGAUGGAUUCCUUGUGUCGAUACAGGAGAAACCAUGGAGCUGCGAGGAUUGUUUAUAUAAUGAAGAGUAAAGGGUUGAUACCGAGAAAUACAUCUUACAAUGCUAUAAUUCAUGGUUUGUGCAAGGAUGGUGGGUGUAUGAGAGCUUAUCAAUUGCUAGAAGAGGGUUCUGAAUUUGGGUUUUUUCCGUCUGAGUAUACUUAUAAGCUCAUAGUGGAGAGUCUAUGCAAGGAAUAUGACACCGAUAAAGCAAGGAAUGUUCUUGAGCUGAUGUUGAGAAAAGAAGGAACAGAUAGAACUAGAAUCUAUAAUAUCUACCUACGAGCUCUCUGCGUUGUAGAUAACCCGACUGAAAUCCUGAAUGUACUGAUCUGUAUGCUUCAGGGAGACUGUAGGCCCGAUGAGUAUACACUUAACACAGUUAUUGAUGGAUUUUGCAAGAUGGGCAGGGUGGAUGAUGCCGUGAAAGUUCUUGGCGAUAUGAUGACAGGGAAGUUCUGUGCACCUGAUGCUGUGACUUUAACUACUGUUAUGUGCGGCUUGCUUACUCAAGGAAAAGCAGAAGAAGCUCUUGAUGUGUUGAAUAGGGUUAUGCCAGAGAACGGGUUUAAGCCAGGUGUUGUUACAUACAACGCUGUUAUCCGUGGGUUGUUUAAGCUACAUAAGGGAGAUGAAGCUAUGUGCGUGUUUGAUCAGAUGGUAAAGGCUGGUGUGAGUGCGGAUAAUACUACCUAUGCUAUUAUCAUUGACGGGUUGUGUGGGACUGGUCAGGUGGAUAUGGCGAAGAGGUUCUGGGACGAUGUGAUAUGGCCAUCAGGCAGACAUGAUGCGUUUGUGUAUUCAGCAUUACUGAAAGGGCUUUGUCGGUUUGGUAAUCUAAGUGAUGCUUGCCAUUUCCUAUACGAACUGGCGGAUUCUGGAGCAGCUCCUAAUGUUGUGUGCUAUAAUAUUGUGAUUGAUGAAUGUAGCAGAAGUGGGUUGAGGAGAGAAGCGUACCAGAUUUUGGAGGAGAUGAGGAAGAAUGGUCAGGCUCCUGAUGCUGUUACAUGGCGGAUACUUGAUAAACUACAUGAUCUACAACCUCAGGAACAGUUUCAAAAGCAAUAAAUUUUCAUGUGUUUGGUCUCAGGCAUCUUAGCCUUUUGAAUAUCAUCAUCAGUGGUAGAAGUGAAACAGGUUUUUGUUAUACCUAAGCUUUGUGUGAAACUAAGAACAAGUGGCCUUGUUCCUUCCUGAGUU